AUGAAAUUGGUUGAUGGUAAUUGGAUAUUAAUUGAUUUGGAGUGUGCUGGCAUUGAUGGUGAAAGAGUAAAUUUUGAUCCAUUAGCAAAUUGGGCACCUGAGACAAUUGAAACACGUAUAUAUACAAAAAAUGCAGAUAUUUACAUGAUAGGAAAGCUACUUAGUAAGCUUUUAUGUCCAUUAUCUGAAGAAGCUCAUGAUUUUGAGAUAUUUACUACAACAAUGAACCCUGAUUUGCGUCCUACAGCUAAAGAAACUCUUCAACGUAUCUGGUUUUCAUAA